AUGGAAUUCGACAGCGUUCUUGAACUUGCGAACAAGUACCAGGAGGCAAAGGACGCGCUUUCAGUCUUGCAGGCAGAAAAUCGCAAACUACAGAAGGAGUUGGAGGAGGAAUACUUGAGACAGAUCGUCGGAGGUGUUCGACAACUUCAGGGACUUUCAGGGAACUUCUUAUGGAAGGCUACAAGAGCUCGAAGAUACGGUUCAGUGGAAGUCAAUCUGGAGGAGAUGGACAUUGUGCUAAAGGAAAGGUCGUCGAGCGAACAAGUUCUGCAGGGAGAAGUCAAGAGGCUGAACGAUCAGAUCGCUCGAAUGACUGCUGGAGGCAGCCAGUCUCAGCAAGACAACCGCGGGCCCUCCAAGUCUUCCUGGGAUCGAAACAUCUUUCGGCAUUUCUUGUUGCAGCGGGAGAAGCUGGAAGCGAAAGUGCAAGAGAUUGAGUCAGCAUUUGAGAGGGCGAUCGAGCUGGAGAGCAAGAGACGGACACCUGACAGGUUGAGCUUCGCAUCGCAAGAAAGCAAGGAUAGCGACUCCGUCCAAUCCCUUGAUCUAGAGAAAGCUGGCUUUGAUGCCGACGACAUCACGAGCAAGUUCUCGAGCUCUCAUCCCAGCUAUCAAGCAGAUAGAACAUCCAGCAAGUCCAGCAGCGCAAGCCUGGGGCUCUACCUGGACAGCACGAGGAUCAUCAGGAUCCUUCCAGGCUCCAUCGCAGCUCGUGCAGGCCUGACGGUUUCUCAGCUGCUCUGCUGGGCAUGA